AUGACAAGCAAAACAGACGUCCCGGGAGUCGCGCUCAUUUCUGGCUCGGGCUCGGGCAUCGGCCGAGCAACAGCUCUAGCAUUUGCGCAAGCAGGUUGUACUCGUCUUGCCCUUCUGGACCUGAAUGAAGCGGGCCUCUCGACCACCAAAGAACUCAUCGAGGAGGCCGUUGGAAGCAACACCUCACUCAAAGUCCACAUUUUCAAAUGUGACGUUUCCAACCCGGACAGUGUCACGCGAGCCUACACCGGUGUCAAAGAAACCUUCAGCCGUCUCGACUAUGCCGUACACUGCGCGGGAGUCAUCUACUUUGGCCGUUCAACUGACUUCUCGCUGGAGGAUUUCGACAAGCAGAACAAUGUGAAUUACCGCGGCCUGUGGCUAUGCUCCCGCGAAGCCCUGCGGAUCAUGCGCUCCCAGUCUCUAGAUUGCGACGCAUACCCCGAAGCUCAGAUUCCGCCGACUCGCGCCCAGCGUGGUAGCAUUGUUAACAUCUCCUCCGGCCUCGCAUUAGUGUCGCAGUCCAACUGCCCUGCCUACAGCGGUGCCAAGGCUGGCGCAUUAGCAGUUACCCGCUCCGAUGGAAUUGACUAUGCUUCCGAACGCAUUCGCGUCAACGCCGUCUUGCCGGGCAUCGUGGAUUCGCCGAUGACAAACCCAGACCCGGAAACCAGGAAGUGGCUCGAAACGAAUCCGGUCCAGAGCACGCCGAUGAGGAGGUUCGGAUUGCCAGAGGAAAUCGCCGACGUGUGUGUGUUUCUAGCGGGGAACAAGGCGAGUUUUGUCACCGGAGCUGGUUGGUGUGUCGAUGGUGGCUUCAUUGCUGGGAUGGCAUAUUGA